GCCGGCGGAGCCCGGGGGAGCCUCGGAGCGGCGGCGGAGCCCGGGGGAGCAGCGCAGAUUAAUUGAAAGGAACAUUGCUCAAGGCACAGAUUUUUCUUUAGGUGCUGUUACUUUUGGUUGCAGAAAUCCAGCUGGAGGUAUAGACAGUGGUCAUCUCUACUGACAUCUCUACAGGGCCCGUUACAGACAGCUUUUUAUUUAUCUGCUAAUAUAGACUGUCUUUUGGAGGAAUACAUUUUUCCCAGUAUCCUCAGAACAAACCAUCAAACUAAGAUGCAAAUUUCAUACUUAAUUAUUUGAAGCUUAAACAGUUCAGCCAUGGAAACUCUCCCAACUCGCUUCCCUUUGGUUCAGGGCUCCAGUAAAAAACGGAAUGGGCUAAGAGAUGAGGGCAGCCCUCCCAUGAAAAAAAUGAUGACCGAAAUGCACGUAAAUGGGAAAGUGCUGAUAAACACGUUGCCAGCCGUAAAGAAGGAGAACGUGGAUGACUGUGGUGAAGCUCCGAUGGAGACAGAUGGGGAAAAGGCCAAAUCCAGCUGUAAUUCAGCGUCUGAACCUUUACAUUUAAAUCCUAGUUUAAAGCACACGCUGGCACAAUUCCACUUAAGUAGUCAGAGCUCCCUGGGUGGGCCUGCGGCAUUUUCAGCUCGUUAUUCCCAAGAAAGCAUGUCACCUACUGUAUUCUUGCCUCUCCCAUCACCUCAGAUUCUUCCUGGACCUUUGCUCAUUCCUCCAGAUAGUUCCACAGAACUUACUCAGACUGUCUUGGAGGGGGAAUCGAUUUCUUGUUUCCAGGUUGGAGGAGAAAAGAGACUAUGUUUGCCUCAAGUCUUAAAUUCUGUACUCCGGGAUUUUUCGCUCCAGCAAAUAAAUACUGUGUGUGAUGACUUGUACAUAUACUGUUCGCGGUGCACCUCGGAACAGCUUCACAUCCUGAAGGUCUUGGGAAUCCUUCCGUUUAAUGCCCCGUCCUGUGGGCUAAUCACACUCACUGAUGCUCAAAGACUGUGCAAUGCCUUGCUCCGUCCACGUACCUGCCCUCAAAAUGGUAGUAUGCUUCCUGCUAAAAACUCCUUGGCCCAGUUACAAGAAACUGGCAGGGCCUUUGAAGUGGAACAUGAGUGUCUGGGCAAAUGCCAGGGCUUAUUUGCGCCCCAGUUUUAUGUUCAGCCCGAUGCACCAUGUAUACAGUGUCUGGAAUGCUGUGGAAUGUUUGCACCCCAGACGUUUGUGAUGCAUUCGCACAGAUCCCCUGACAAGAGGACCUGCCACUGGGGCUUUGAAUCAGCCAAGUGGCCUUGCUAUCUUCACGUAAACCAAAAAUACUUAGGGACGCCGGAAGAAAAGAAACUCAACAGUCUUUUAGAGGAAAUGAAGGAGAAAUUUAGUGUCCGGAGUGGAAAGAGAGCUCAGUCCAAAGCAGACACACCCCCAGGGCUGGAAUUGCCGUCAUGGUAUCCAGUUAUAAAGCAGGAAGGUGACUCCGUUUCUCAGCCUCCUCCAUUCAUCCAUCCCAGCUACUACCUGUACAUGUGUGAUAAAGUGGUUGCUCCAAAUGUGUCGCUUACUUCAGCUGUGUCGCCAUGUAAAGAGGUCACGAAAGCAGGGGCCAAAAUGGCAGAAGGGAACAGGUCUCUGCCAGGGCAGCCUGAGAAAUCUUAUGCCAGCUGCAAAUCUCGCAAAGUCGCCUCUUACCCAGAACUUUCCCUCGAGGAGCAAGAGAAGAUGGAUCUCAAAUCCAGUCAAGAACUCGGCAGCCGUCUAGAUCCAUCCUUGUCAACCAAUUCUACAAAUAAAAGGAAAUUGGAACCCAAGGCUUGUGGUACAGAUGCAGAAACCAGCAAACGGGAAAGGGGCCAAGAGACUCCAACUCUAUGGCCAUCGAUUAUCAAGGAUAUCAGUUGUGAGGACGAUAAGGGGAAAAUCAUGGAGGAAGUGAUGAGAACCUAUGUCCAAAAACAAGAGAAAUUGAAUUCUAUUUUACAGAAGAAGCAGCAGCUUCAGAUGGAAGUGGAAAUGCUGAGCAGUUCACAAGCUAUGAAGGAGCUCACUGAAGAGCAGCAGAAUUUACAGAAAGAGCUGGAGUCUCUGCAGACUGAGCACGCUCAGAGGAUGGAGGAAUUCUACAUUGAACAGAGGGACUUGGAGAAGAAACUGGAGCAAGUGAUGAAGCAGAAGUGUACCUGUGACUCAACUUCAGAGAAAGACAAGGAGGCUGAGUACGCAGCCCAGUUGGCUGAGCUCCGCCAGAGACUGGAUCAUGCCGAGGCAGACAGACAAGAGCUUCAGGAUGAACUCAGGCAGGAGCGAGAAGCCAGGCAAAAGCUAGAGAUGAUGAUAAAGGAACUGAAGCAUCAGAUCGUGAAAUCUUCAAAGGCUGUUAAAGAGUAGAGACCAGCCAGGCGAACUCCCUUGCUCUCUCCCGAUGGGGCUUUGUAGUUGAGCUGUGAGCCACUUGUCUGUGUGAAGAACGAGGCAUUCUCUUGACUUGGAGUUCACAGAGAAAGCUAAGAGAUGAGAUAUAUAUAUAUAUAUAUAUAUAUAU